UGCUCACCAUACCAUUUGAUAGACGUAUUUUUCCGAGUGUGGGACGCUGUGUGAAGAUCACACCAAUGUGUCGCCCUUUCUUCAGCUCGACUUAGCCUUGCUUGGUUGCUUUUUGUGCUUCUUUUAAAAAAUAAUUUGCAGACAAAGACGAGAUAACCACUGGUGGUAGCCCUAUUGGUGCAUUGCUACAGUUAACGUUAGCUAUCAACAACCACCGUAAACAUUGCCAUUAUUUUGAUAGAUACGCUUUGUUUGUGUUUAAUAUUUAUUUUUUUCUGUCUGAAACCACAUCCAAUACUUCGGGUAAGGCGGCUAGCGUUAAGUUAACUAACAAGCUAAACAAGUAAUUUCGCAUUGCAGCGCUAGGCUAGCAAUAAGCCAGCCUUAGUAAGUGUUUUGGUAUUUGUUUUGAUGGACUGACAUGUAACAGGGUUUGCUUUUAACUUCUUAGCCUGUCAGUUGUCUUUAUCUUUGUGGUUCGUCACGAAGCGUAUGGCGGUGGAUGUGUUUACUCCCUGAAUGACAGCUGCUUGCCGGUUGCCAAAAUUGAACCCUAGUGUCAGUGUUGCCAUAUAUGGAAUAGUAAAUGGGGCACUGGGGCAGGCCACGGUGUGUAUUUAUAUAACAGAAUAGAUAACGUUACGCUUUCUGUGGAGAGAUGUUAAAUAACGGGCUUAAUUUCUAUUUAACCAUCUGUUGUUUUGCUGUCUUUGCUCAUCGUCAUUUCAUGGAUUAUAUGGAAUGGGGUUUGGCCAUACCCUUUUACAGCCUUGGAUCAUGACGGUAGAGCAAACAUGGCUGAUCAGAGGGGUAGUAACUACAACGUGGCUUAAAUUUGGGGUUCAGUCCCCAAAAGUUACAUAAAGCCAAAAAAUUAUAUGGAUCAAGCCCUGCUGAAGUUUCAAAGAGGAAUUGUCAGACCUGCAGAGGGACCCACCUGCUCAGUGCUCCGCUGGACCAGUUGGAGAGGAUUUGUUUCAUUGGCAGGCAACAAUAAUGGGUCCGAGUGACAGCCCAUAUCAGAGUGGAGUGUUUUUCCUCACCAUUCACUUCCCAACAGAUUACCCCUUCAAACCACCCAAAGUUGCAUUCACAACAAAAAUCUACCACCCUAAUAUCAACAGCAAUGGGAGUAUUUGUCUGGACAUACUGAGAUCACAAUGGUCACCUGCACUUACAGUAUCAAAAGUAUUAUUGUCUAUCUGCUCUCUCCUUUGUGAUCCAAACCCGGACGACCCACUGGUACCAGAGAUCGCUCACACAUACAAGGCUGACAGGGAAAAGUACAACAAAUUAGCAAGAGAUUGGACACAGAAGUAUGCAAUGUGAGAAUGCCAGGGAGAUCAAAAUACAAAUGAGAACAAAAGAAACAUGUUUGAUUUGUAACUUAAGGCAAAUGAGCAACAGGGAAAAAAAAAAACUAGACAACAGUCCAUCUUUUGGAGGAGGAAGCGAUACAAUGAGGUACAGUGCCACCUGGCUUUCCAUGUGCUGAGCUGCUACCAUGUGCUGUCCUUCAUGACUUGUAUGGAUCUGCUGAGCAGGACCUGACGGGCUCCUUAAAGCACUCCCAUAUGGAAUACCGGAAACUCUUCACAGUCCAUACCGCCACUCUCAGACUUAAAAACUGUUACUCCCGCUAUUGUGAUUAUCACUAUCAUUGUUGCUGUUCAUACACAUCAUUUUCACUGUCCAUGAGUCAUAUCGUCGUGCUACUCGGAAGCAAAAUGUUUGAUUUAUGUAGGAGAUUGGCUCUCUCUUCAUUUCAGAGGUACUGUCUGUGUCCCACUGGAUAUCUUGUUAUUACUGUGUUUUCAUGUAUCUAGUGGCCUUUCUGUGUUAUUAUUUACGGUAUAUGUGCAAUUGAGGCAGAAUGUUCCCUGUUCAACACAAUGGUGCAGUGCCAUUACCAGCAGCUGAUCUGUUGGCACAUACUGUCUCUACCCCGAAACAAUGUGAAAGAUGGAAAGAACCAUUGGUUUCUAUCACCCACUGCAUUUUAAAUUGCAACAGUAUUUAGUGGUUCUGAAGACACUGGAGAGCUACUGUUAGGAGCUAGCUGGCCCUUGCCUCACUGUUGUGGCCUCCAUAAGAUGAAUGUCAACUUCCAUUUUUCUCACACAUGCUGUCAUUGCCCUUUAUAGCCUGUGUAAGUAACCACCAAUGGCUGGUGUCCAUAGUGCACAAAUACUACUGUUUGAUUUGUUACUUGUUGUGUAGCAAUGAACAUAGCUACUCUUUGGCAUAUAGCUAAGCUGCGUGCCACCUCCUCAGUACAGUUACUCAGGUAUCCAAUCGAAACAUCAGCCUUUACGUGCAGUGACCCAUGGUGAGAAAAAUGACCAGGGCUUCUAAAAAAUAGUACUGAUCUAAGUUUACUGGUUUGUUUCUAUAAAAGAAAAUGCUCAUGCUUCCCAAAGAGGCAAAAAUGAUCAAAGACAGAUCAGCACUCCUGACGUUCUUUAUGCAUAUAGGUGUAGAUGUCCUGUGUUACACAAAAAAAUAUGCUGUCCCAGAAGUACUGUCAUUUUGUCACAGGGAGGAUUUUUCUCAUUAUCCCUCUCCAGUUCUUUUCACCACCAUUUCCAUUUAUUUUUGAACAACACUUGGGAUGUGAAUGAUGCUGUCAAACACGUACAUGCCACUGUUUUUCUAAAAUGACAUGGCCUUUGGUUACAUAUGGCUGGUGUCGCUAUUACUCAAAAUGGGAACUUAAACAGACUUAAGAUUUUGCAGAACCUGGUAGUUUGAAGUCAUGUGCAUUUGUUACUUGUGGUGAAUAAAUACAGUAACUUGACAUGACAAUUUAAUCUGCUUUAAAUAUCAAGUGAGGUGAAAUUUGUCACUUGUUCAUAUUCAUGAUCGGGUCUGCAAAGGUUUGUUUUGUUCUGGGAUGAAUAAUCCACACUGACAGUAAAACAGUUUGUCCGGGUGAUGCAUUUGUGACCCUUUGUGUUGUAUCUUUGAAAGCUUUAGUUUUAGGCAAUUUUGUUCAUUCAUGUCACCAGAAUUUAACAUGAUUGUGAUGUGUCAUAAUGUAAUACUAGUUUUAAUAUAAUCCAGUGUGACUGUUGGAUAAAGUAGUUAGGAAGUGCUACGAUUAUCUUUUUUUAAAUCAAGGCUCAUAAUGUGCUGAUGCUGCCAAUAUAAAGGGAAUUAUUUGAUGUUAUAAAAGGGGAAGAUAAUUUGCUAUUGAGGCAUUAUCAUGCAAAUUCAUCCAGAAAGGUCCAUAAUAAAGCAUGAAAAUUUUAGAGGCUUUGAUUGUAGAAUUAAAACCUUGGUUUAGGCGCCAAAUAUGUUAGCUGCUGUAGAGAAAAUUGUGAAAACAAGGUCUCCUGAAAUACAGUAUAUAGUUAAAGGUUUUGAAAAUAUAUCCUCUAAAUGCAGUGGAAGUCUUUUUGCUACCAGACAAUUGAAAAUGACUUGUGUGUAAUAGUAGUAGGUCAAACUUUGUGCAUUGUUCUUUGUUCAUCUGGCUAUUUAUUUAUUUGAAAGCUGAGUAUCUUCCAGCUGUACGAUUGAAUGCAGCCUCAAUUCGUUAUGUGAGUGAUGCGACAUUGACUUCCUUUGUCCGGUGUGCUCAAUAGAGUUUAUAUAGGCAGCUUGGCAUGCUUUGCACUCUGGAGAACCUUGUCACAGCCAUUUGCCAGAUAUCAGGGAUUUCGUUACAAUUCAUCUGCCUAACACCUCUGACUAAAAUUUUAGCCUUAACCCUCAUUUUGUGUAUAUAUAUAUAGAGAGAGAGAACGUCAUCAGAAACUGUAAAUUUGCUAUCAGGGCUGUAUCCCCAAAAUGGGUGAUUCAUUUCAUUAGUAGACAUGGAAAACUGCACCAGUAUUUUUGUUGAAAAUUUCAGCCUGGCUUUCUCUGAGGACCAGCCUUCAUGCAUCUUAAAAUUUGGAAUAUGUGCGCUUGAACUGCCGCCAUGAACGUCCACAUGUCCUCACAUAGCCCACACAAUAUAACUAUUGAUCUUCUCAUAACAUAUAAAUAAAGCUCAUCUUGGUUUACCACUGUC